AUGUCCGGUCGCCAUGAAAAGGGCGUCAAUGUUCAGGUCCUUCUUCGAUGCAGGCCUUUUAGUGAUGACGAGUUAAGGAACAACGCGCCUCAGGUGGUAACGUGUAAUAAGUAUCAAAGAGAAGUUGCGGUUUCACAGAGUGUUGCUGGGAUGCAAAUCGAUAGGGUUUUCACGUUUGACAAGGUUUCAGAUGACGAAUAUGUAUCAGUCGGCGCUUUGGAGGAAGAAACAAUCGGAUAUGAUGCACUCCACAAAUUCGAUUCAGAGAAUCUUCAUAUUGCACAGUAUGGCCGCCUUGGCCAAAUUCACAAUGCCCGCCAAGUAUUCGAUAGUUUACGGGAAAAAAACAUCGUGUCUUGGAACUCCAUGGUUGCAUGUUAUUUCCAAAACAACCAACCCAAUGAAGCCCAAAAUCUGUUCGAACAAAUGCCUAAAAGAAGCACUGUGUCUUGGAACGGUUUGAUUUCUGGCUAUGUGAAGAACAUGAUGGUAAAGGAAGCCCGAGAAGUGUUCGACAAAAUGCCUUACAGAAACAUUAUUUCAUGGACUGCUAUGAUUAGAGGAUAUAUACAAGAAGGUCUGGUUUCUGAAGCAGAAACACUUUUCAUGAAGAUGCCCGAAAGGAACGUCGUGUCUUACACAGUGAUGUUCGGUGACCUCAUUCAAAUAAUCAAAUCGACAAAGCUCGUGGGGCAGAAUAUUGUUCAGAGCUUUUCUGUGAGGCAGAAUAAUACCAGCUUCUUGAAAAAGAAGCAACUCAAAUAGCUUUGAAGGAUGAAACACAGUUGAUGGAGAUUGAAUUUCCAACUGCUGGGCUAGAAUCUAUGCCAGGUUUUUUCUUAUUCAAUGACUGGAUGUAUGCAAAUGGUUCGUGAAUUUUUUGAUCUCCUUGUAGUUCCAGAAAAGGCUACAAAAACCAGAAUAGUAUGUAAAUAAACAACCUAUGUAAUUCUAAUAUCUAUUUUCACCAUGUUAUAUAUAUGAUAGUUUUCGUCAAUUAUUUCACCUUCGACUUUCACUCCCCAAAAAAACUACAAUGAAGUCCGAAGAACUUGAAUACUCCAACCCAUGCGGAGCAUAGGGAAACUUUUCUAGUUUACAUGAAGAUUCAAGAUUAAGAAUCAUUCAUCGUGAUCUGAAGGGUAGCAAAAUUUUGCUGGAUUUUGAUAUGAACCCUAAGAUUUCUGAUUUUGGUCUAUUGAGGAUUGUUGGAGUGGAUCAAACUAAAGUAAACACCAAUCGAAUUGUCGGAACAUAGUAUCAAAUGUAAAAUCACCUCAAGACAACUUCAAAACUCAAAGAAGCACAAGGAAACUUUUAUAUCGAGCAAUAGCCUUCUCAUGAAGACAAGGACCAAUACCAACAAGAUGAAUGCCUAGUUAUGUCUAGUUUUUGGUUUAUGAUGUUUUUUCUUUAUUUAUCAUAUUUUAAUACUUGCCAAUAGUAUAAUUUUCAUUUUUUUUGGGUAUUUUAAUUACGAAUUUAAUGUAUGG